AUGAAGCUCAAAACGGAUGGUUUGCAAGGAUCCAGUACGAACGUUAACCGGAAACGGAGCAAUUUCCUGACGCUGGUGGAGAAGAAAGAAGCAAUUCGUGAGGCGGUGGACAAGUUCAAGGAAUAUGGUGUAAAUAAUCGAAAAACAUUGAAAGAGCAGACGUUCCCUUUGCUGGAAGAAGCUCUUUACAUCGGGAUUUUACAGCAGCGGCAGUCCAACAUUUUGUUGACAGUGGAUAUUCUUAAAGCAAAGGCGGAGCUGCUGUUUAAGAUGUUCCAGGGCCGGGGGCUCUAUGCGGUGCACGGUUUUUCUGCUUCGGAUGGCUGGAUGCAUCGUUUUAAGCAGCGGUUUGGAUUGCGCGUGAAAGCCGUAACAGGAGAAAAGGCAUCGGUAAACGUUGAAGCGUGCCUAAAUUUCAAGAAGGUUCUACAGAAGAAGAUUCAGGAAAUGCAGCUAUCACUAUCCCAAGUCUUUAAUGCAGAUGAAUCUGCCUUGUUCAUCAAGCUCCUAGCCACACGCUCUGUCGUUACCUGUGAUGAGACCGUGGCAAGCGGACGGAAGCAAAACAAGACAAGGUAUACGUUUAUGCCUUGCUCCAACAUAGAUGGUUCCCUAAAGCUUCCGUUGCAUUGUGAUUCGCCAUAA